AUGGGUAAUACGGCGAACAAGGCACUGGAGGCUCAUACGAGGGCAAAGAGCAAGCCUAAGAAUAAUCAUAACGUUCAACAGCAAAAGAUUAAGACUGCGAGGACCACAAAUGUACUGGCACUUUCUAAUAGUAAGCUGAAAACUCUCCCUCAAGAGUUGUUGGAGUUGUCGAGUUUACGCACUCUGGAUCUCACAUGUAAUAAACUCAGCAAGCUACCAACACAUUUGAAUAAUCUAUUGGCACUCAAGACGCUUAAAGUAUCUUCAAAUGUUUUGAUUGAGCUUCCAGAUAUGUCAAAGCUUGAGGCACUCACAACGCUGGUGUUAGAUAAUAAUCUUCUAGAAGACAUUCCCAAUGCACUGCCACCAAAUCUAAUCAAGCUAUCGCUUAAAGGCAAUAAACUUCGUGUGAUUCCUCGCAGUGUACUAGACCUCGCCCAUUUACAGGAAUUGGAUGUAUCAGAUAAUGCUAUAACAACUCUUCCCUUGGAUUUAGAUACUUUGAAAGAGUUGCAAGAGCUUAACAUUGACGGAAACAAGUUGGUGGAAUUGCCAGCUACUUUGGGAAGAUGCAGUAAGCUAAAAGUACUGUCGGCACGCCGGAACUCGCUUGUUGGGGUGUCAAAAAACGCGUUAGGACAGUCUAUUGCUGCUGAGGUGCUAGGUGAAGGCUCGACAGUUCAGGUAUUAAAUCUUGAAGGCAAUCCAAUGACUAAAGAAGACUUGCAAGGAAUGGAUGGCUUUCAAGCGUUCCUUAAAAGGCGUACACAGCUCAAAAACAAAGAGAUUCACGGUGGACUGAAUUCGGAUUUGAGCAUUUGUGGACUCGAAUGA